AUGGGACUGUUUAAGAUUAAGGCCACAUUGUUUGCAGCGCUCUCAGUGUGGAUUCUAAGUGUGCAGGCUGGCAAAAAUGAAACACUAACGCACGGCUUAGCGGGCAACCGAACGCAACCGCUGAACGGUACGUUUCCGUUGGCGCAGAAUGUAACUCGUAUUCAACGACAGGUCCCCUACGGUGCAGGCGUUCUACCGUUUUCCAGUAUUGGAGCACCUGGUGCGACUGCGUAUGGUACCAGACAGGCAACUCCGUAUGGUACGGCUGGUUCUACGAUCCUUUGCCCACCCGGUAGCGUCCUGCAGAACGGCCAAUGCAUGAGCCGCGUUAGUUACUGUGGGGCGGGCUACAAUCUGGUGGGCAACACUUGCGUCGGUGCGGCCGUCUGCCAACCUGGCUACAAUCUGGUGAACGGUCAAUGCCAUCUGCAGGCGCCUUGCGCCACUCAGACGUGUGGUACGGUAGCGGUGGCACCACUGCCUCUACCUACCGUGGUGUGUACUUGUGAGGCGGGCUACACGCAGACGGGCAACCAGUGCAUGAAGUCGGAAACGAAGGCCCCCCAAACGCGCACUAUCAUGGGCAGCAACGUGGAAGCGGUGACGUGCCCGCCAGGAUACGAUCUGAACGACGAAGAGUGCCUGCAGCAUAGUGACACCGAGGCCAGAUGCAGGGAAGGUUUGCCGCGCGAAGACAUGUGCGUACUACCGGCCAGCUGUCGCGGUUCGUAUCAGCUCGACGAGUACGGCCGGUGCAUCGUAAAUCAGACCAUUCCUGCCAAUUGCCCGCCCGAUAGCCGCAUGGCUAACGAUGGUCUCUGCCUCUACAACACGCCAAGGUGUCCGGAUGGCUACCGUAUGGAGAAGGGUGUGUGCCUCAAGCGGGAUGUAGUCAAUGUCAACUGUGACACCGGCUCGACACUGGUGAACGGUGUGUGCAGGGUGGAGCAACCUCGUUGUCCUUCUCCGUAUCGCCUCUCUGGUGGCCAGUGUAUACUGGAACGUCGCUCGAUGCCGCGCUGUCCAAGUGGAACGCAAAUACGCGACGGACUGUGCGUACUGCGCAACUUGGAAUGCCAGCCCGGCUAUCAAGAGUCCAACGGGGUGUGUAUCAAGACCGAACGACUACCGGUGCGAUGCCCUUCGGGAGCGCGCAUGUUAGGAGAUGUGUGCGCGGCUGACGUGGACGUGUGUCCGCGCGACUUUAGCUUCUUGAUCAUGGAGUGUGCUCGAGUCGAGAAGCAGGAGGCCGCUUGUCCACCGGGAUUACAGCUUGACGAGGGCGAAUGUGUGUCGUCCCGCGAGCUGUCCUGUGAGUCUGGCUUCACUCUCAAAGAUAAUGAGUGCGUUCGCCAUCAAGUUGGACAGUACAGUUGCCCGCCAAGGAGUAUUCUGCGCGAUGGUUACUGCGUAGUGUCCGAAGCAAAGUGUGAACCCGGCUACGAGCUACGUGAAGACAUAUGUGUUCUGCAUGAGAGGGAGCAACCCCGGUGUCCGCCUGGCUCGCAGUUCCGUGGAGAAAAUUGUGUCUACCGCGUCGAUGACUGCCCGCCCGGUUACAUGCGACAAGGUGCCGAGUGCGUUCGGUCCAAUCUGCUGGAACCGACAUGUCAGAUAGGGUUCGUGUAUCAACGAGGAUUCUGUCUAGCAAUACCACAAUGUGAAUACGGCUACACCUACAACAAGACGGAGGCGACCUGCUACCGGACUACUCACACAGCUGUGUCCUGCCCGAGUGGCAGCUACCUGGAGAACGAUCGCUGCGUCAGCCGGGAUAUGGUAUGCAUGGAGGGCUACACACUGCAAGGAAGCGAGUGCAUUCUACGCCUCUCAUCUGCACCAGUCUGUCCGCCGGGGACAACCUUGCAUAAUGACCGUUGUCGGGCGAAAGUAGCAACCGUGUGUCGUUCCGGCUCGAUGCCAUCCAACGGCGCUUGUGAGAUACAGGAAACCAUCUACCCAACAUGCCCGGCCGGCUACACCUUACAGAAUGGACAGUGCAUCGGCAUGGUGACGUCGAGUGUUCCGGCACCCGCUCCAUCGCCCUGCAUGUAUGGCGGAUGCAACCCUUGCAUGACAGGAUUGUGCGGCACACCAUGUGCAUCCGGAUGCCAGUCUCAGCAGGCGACCAUGCAGACGAUCCAGACCUCACAACCCGCUCGCUGUCCAGACGGCUACAUGUCCAAUGGAGGAUUCUGUACGCGACGCACCUCCAUACAGAUGGAGUGCCCGACCGGGUACACGAUGGAUGCUGGAGAGUGCGUCAUGUACUACGGCAUGGUUUGCGGUCCUGGGACGACGCAACAGAAUGGCCGGUGCGUGCGCUUCCAGACACGCCGGGCGAGCUGCCGCGAAGGGUUCAUGAACGCCGGCGACCACUGUAUUCUAAUCAAUCCCUCUUGCCCGUCCGGUCACCGUAACAUCGGUGGUAGCUGCGUGUCUCUCGAGGACAAACCAUCGACCUGCCCGCCUGGAAGCUACAAGCGCAACAACUUCUGCGUCGGCACGCUCGAGUGCGCGCCUGGUUACCAGCUUCAGGGCGACAAGUGUUAUCGAGUGGAGCAAAGAAGCAUAACCUGUCCACCCGGUUUCGUAUACAACGGUCAGGAGUGUAUUGGCCAGUUCAACUGCCCGUCUGGGUAUCGGCUCGAGCGCAACGAGUGUGUACGCACUUUGCAACGUCCCGUGUCCUGCCCGCCACCUGCACGCCAUGUACAGGAAUGGUGCGUGGUCGAGGGACCUUCGUGUGAGGCUGGUUUCGAAUUCAGGGACCAUCGGUGCCUGCGUACCGAGCAUCGGCCGGCAGUGUGCCCACGAGAUACUCACUUACGUAAUGGGGCGUGCGUAUCCCAGCAGAGACCUCAAUGCAACCCUGGAUUCACAUUUGCCGCGGGCCAUUGCACAAAGAUAGAGAAACGUCCGAUCCAGUGCCCGCCUGAUUUUAUUAUCAGCAACAACCGGUGCGUAACGCGGAAGUUAACCUGUCCAUCUGAUUUUUACCUCAGCGGAAACGAAUGUGUUCGGGAGCAGCGCCAAACUCUCAUCUGCCCACCAGGCAGCUCCAUGCACAAUAAUAUGUGCUAUAUCGGCCGGCCAGCAUGUGAGCUGGACUACAAGCUUGUCGACGGUAGUUGCAUUCAGGUUAGCUACGGUUUCCUCGAGUGUCCGCCGGGUACGAUCAUCACCGAUGGGCAAUGCGUGAAGAGCGCCACCUGCCCGCCCGACUACCAAUUGCGAGGCAACCAGUGCGAAAAGGUUACAGCCGUCAUCCUCAGAUGCCAGCGGGGCAAUAUGGUCAACGGAGACUGUGUAGCACCCGGUCCGAACUGCCCGCCCGAGUAUGAAUUCCGGCGCGGCGUCUGCUUCCGGCGGGAAACGGUUGAACCGGAUUGCCCCCCGAGUAGCCAGCUGCGUAACAACUAUUGUGUGGUCGGACGCCCCGAGUGUUUCGACGACUAUCGCUACUCAAAUGGUCGUUGCACAAAGGUGAUCAAGGUUCGUGCCACCUGCACCGGUGGGGCGGAGUUGAAGAAUGGCAUGUGCGUAUCGUCGGUGUUGUCCACCAGCUCGUACUGUGAGCCUGGUUACACUAUGCAGGGUAGUCUGUGUAUACGAAUGAUCUACGUCCAGGCGACCUGUACCACACAUCAGACGAGCUCGAAUGUUAUUACAUCCAGUCCGAUCGUCAGCUCCGUAGGUAUCAACUCCAUCCAACCCAUCCAGACGGUCAACUCGAUCGGUCCAACGGUAUUGAGCAGAGUGGACAGCGUCUAUGUGCCACCGACGCCAGUGACCAAUGUGGACAGCGUCUAUGUGUCACCGACGCCAGUGACCAGUGUGGACAGUAUCUAUGUGCCACCGAUCAGGAAUUUCUCGAGUUCGGCUCAUGUCCCUGAUGAUGACAGGUUCGCCGACUUCUUUCGAGCGGAAAACGUAAGACCACGGUUCGGUGUUUCAAGCUAUGACGCGGGUAAUAGUCGUUACUUCCGAGAAUCCAUACUGCCUUUCGAUGGCGAUUACGUGGCCACGCCCAGGCCAUAUACAACUACCACCGCCAGUUGGGUCAAUGUUGCCACGGAGACACGUACGGAAAGUCCUACCAGACAGCGGCGUUGCACCGUUGUUGGGCCACGCGUUUGUAACACCAUGGACGAAGUGAGCUGGACUUGCGAGCAGAUGCGCUACACAGACAUUGCAUCUCGGUUGUGCACUAGUGAGAGUGCGGUGAUCCAUUUGACGGUGCCCUCGCACAUUGCGGUCAACGAUACGCUACUUGUUAUGGCGCCCAAAACUGAGGAAGAAGGUGACGAGGAUGAGUAUGACGACGAGGAGGAAAAUGAAGAAGGCUCUGCCAACUGCGCCGAUUGCAGGGAUGAAAGCUUCGACUGCUCAAAGUACUGCUUCACAUAUGAGGAGUGCGGUGGUUGUGAGUACACCCAACUCGAGGAACUCUGCCAAGAAUCAGCGACGAUCCGGGAAUGUGAAUAUCUCAGUGUCUGA